AUGUUCUGUACCAAACUGAAGGAGCUGAAGAUUUCAGCCGAGUGUCCUUUUUCAGUGCUGGUUAAAGAUGAAGACGCAGAGGACACCGGAGAGACAGAGGAGAACCGAGCUCAGAGCUCACACCACAUCACUGACGUCGCACCGAGACGCAAAACGAGCCGCAAUAAAAUGAACCUGUAUUCUCUGGGAGAGAGCAUCCGCAAACUGGUGUGUCCUGAGUUUGAGAAACUGCAGAAUGCGAUGUCCAGAGUGAUGAAACAGCAGUCACACUCCACGUGUCCUGCUCAACACAGCACGGAUGUUCAUCAGAUUCUGGACAAACCUGAACACUUGCUGGAUGUCAUGAAGAGUUACUCAGUGAAAACAGGAAUUCCCAUGGACUCUCUGAAGCUCGCUCUAGGCUCUGAGGUUUUCCGUGACUGCUAUGAAGAAGACAGUCACGUGCUCCGUGUGGUAGGUGGAGCCCUACAUGACUUCCUGAACAGCUUCAACGUCCUCCUGAAGCAGAGCGCCCCACCCACAGCCGAGGCCCGCCGUCAUGUUUGCCAGGCCUCCGUGCUGUGCUUGGACAAAGACCCAGGUCUCCUGACAGUCUACUACUUCAACCCUCACGCCACCACCGAGCUCUUCUUCCCAGGCAUCAUCCAGGCGGCGGCUCACUUCCUGUACGGCAUCAACGUGGAUGUCAAGAUGGACUCAGAGUUAAAAGAGGGUGGGGCUCUCCAUGACAGCCAUCAGCCCCACCUUCUGUACUCCAUUGCAGUGAGAGAUGCCAGGAGCCUGACGCCCAGCCCCAUGAGGACACACUCAUCUGGUCACAUCCCACUGUCGCUGCUCUACUCCACCUUCCCCUUCCACAUCCUGUUAGAUCAGGACAUGGCAGUGCUGCAGAUGGGAGACGGGCUGAGGAGGCGAUUAGGGCGUGGCAGGGAGGGGCAGAGGAGGCCAGCCUUUGAUGAGCACUUUGUCAUUGUGAUGCCUGAGAUCCAGGCAGACUUCCAGGGAAUCCUCACCAUGCUGAACACACAGUUCAUCCUGCGGGUUAAACAGCAUGGAGCUAGUACCACCGCUGCUGGCUACGGGAAGCACAUGGACCUUAAGGGUCAGAUGAUCUUCAUGUCCGAGUUGAAUGCUGUGCUGUUCCUGGGCUCGCCCUGUGUGGACCGUCUGGAAGAGCUGACAGGGCGUGGCCUCUAUCUGUCUGACAUUCCGAUCCACAAUGCCCUGCGUGAUGUGGUGCUGGUGGGUGAGCAAGCGAAGGCGCAGGAUGGCCUGAAAAAGCGCCUGGGGAAAGCGAAAGCAGCUCUGGAACAGGCUCACCAGGCCCUCGAGGAGGAGAAGCACAAAACCGUCGAGCUGCUCUUCACCAUCUUCCCCGGGAACGUGGCUCAGCGGUUGUGGCAGGGGCUCCCGGUGCAGGCCAAGAAGUUCGAUGCUGUCACAGUACUGUUCUCCGACAUCGUGGGCUUCACUGCUAUCUGCUCACGCUGCACGCCCAUGCAGGUGGUGGACAUGCUGAGCGCUCUGUACACACGCUUCGACCGCCACUGCGGAGAACUCGAUGUCUAUAAGGUGGAGACGAUCGGAGACGCAUACUGCGUUGCUGGAGGUUUACAUAAGGACAGUCCAACCCACGCUGUACAGAUCGCUCUGAUGGCCCUGAAGAUGAUGGAGCUCUCAGAUGAGGUCACAACCCCAAUGGGCGAGGUCAUUAGGAUGCGGAUCGGUGUUCAUUCAGGCUCGGUUCUGGCGGGUGUGGUCGGGGUGAAGAUGCCUCGAUACUGUCUUUUUGGUAACAACGUCACUUUAGCCAACAAGUUUGAGUCCUGCAGUCUGCCGAAGAAAAUCAACAUCAGUCCCACAACCUACAGGUUGCUAAAAGAUUGUCCUGAGUUCUCGUUUAUCCCACGCUCCAGAGAUGAACUUCCGCCCAACUUCCCCUUUGACAUUCCGGGUAUUUGUUACUUCCUGGAGGCGGCCAGCGGCAGGACGAGUGACACCAGCGCAAAUCGUUUCAGUGCUGUGAUGAAGAGCGUACAGUAACCUCCAGGAUGUGGAGUGAGCCGGCAGUAGCACGUUAUCCAGCAAUAGCACUGUUUAUAAAGCUGUCGAGUGAUCAGUGCUUACAGAGUCACGGCGAAGUGCGCAGUGUUUAAACCCUGGAUUAGUUUUAAUAAAGCUUUAAUGAAGCUCUGUGUUACUGCUCUUCCUCAGAGAUCAUCAUCUGCAGUGACGUCAGUGUUAGAGACGAAGUCAUGAACAUCAGAACACAAGGACUUGGCACACUGAACACAGAGCCCACGUGAUCACAUUGAUGUAUUUAUUCUCUCUCUCUCUCUCUCUCUCUCUCUCUCUCUCUCUCUCUCUCACACACACACACACACACACACACACACACACACACACACUGAGAAUCGCAGCACAGCAUAAUGAACACAUUCCUGACUUCACACCAGAUCAGUUUUACACCAGCUGAUGUCAUUAUUUACUCUCAUCCCAAUCCCGUUAUUCUGAAAUGUUCUCACCAUCUCGCCUUCUCUCGCUCUGUGUAUCGUGUGGCUGUGUUACUGUUAUCCAGUUUGCGCUUCAUUAAUUAAGGAAAUAUCUUCAUUUAUACUCA